AUGCCGAAGAGAAGAGAUAUUCUUGCAAUCGUGUUGAUCGUGUUACCCUGGACUCUGCUCAUCACAGUUUGGCACCAAAGCGCUAUCGCUCCGCUCCUCGCUAUCCACAAGGAUGACGGUGUUGAGGGCAGGAGAGAGACAGGUGGCCAAGCAGGAGAUUCCAAGGAAUACUGCGCCUCUGAUAAAGACAUUGUGGAGGUGGUGAGGACAGAGUAUGUGUACACACGCCCACCGCCUUGGUCUGACGUACUGCCCACCAUCCACAUCAUCACACCCACGUACAGUCGACCUGUGCAAAAGGCCGAGCUGACGCGGCUGGCUAACACCUUCCUCCACAUUCCCAAUCUGCACUGGAUCCUUGUGGAGGAUUCGCAAAGGAGGACAUCUCUUGUGACACGCCUCCUCCGAGAAACUGGCCUGAACUACACUCACCUAAAUGUUGAAACGCCCAGGAACUAUAAGCUGCGGGGGGACACUAGGGAUCCUAGAAUCCCCCGGGGGACCAUGCAGAGGAAUCUGGCGCUUCGGUGGUUGAGAGAGACGUUCAACAUAAAUAGUACUCAAGCUGGAAUAGUCUACUUUGCAGAUGACGACAAUACUUACAGUUUGGAGCUGUUUGAGGAGAUGAGAUCAACUCAGAAAGUUUCUGUGUGGCCCGUGGCCUUUGUGGGCGGCCUGCGCUACGAGUCACCCAAGGUCAACGCAGCAGGGAAAGUGUACGGCUGGAAGACUGUGUUCGACCCCCAUCGGCCUUUUGCCAUCGACAUGGCCGGCUUUGCCAUCAACCUGAGGCUCAUCCUUUUCAAGCCUCAGGCAUACUUCAAGCUUCGUGGGGUGAAGGGAGGCUACCAGGAGAGUAGUUUGCUGCGGGAACUUGUCACACUCAACGACCUGGAACCCAAAGCAGCCAAUUGCACUAAGAUACUUGUUUGGCACACAAGAGCAGAGAAGCCCGUCCUCGUAAAUGAAGGGAAAAAGGGAUUCACAGACCCAAAUGUGGAGAUUUAA